AACAAGAAAGAACUCAAGCAGAGAAGAACAGGCAUGGGGAUAUUCUACUCAGAGCCCAUUUGUCAGGCAGCUUAUAAUAACGAUUUCAAUGAAGUUCAGCUCCUUUUGGAUAAAAACAGCAGCUACCUGAAUAUCCAGGACAGCUUUGGUGGAGAUACCCCCUUAAUCUGUGCAUGCAAGCAGGGAAACAACAGAAUAGCUAGCUAUCUUCUCAAAAAGAAUGCUGAUGUCAACCUCAGAAACAAGAAACACCGCACUUGUCUGCAUUAUGCUGUCAGAAAACGGUUUACCUUCCUUGAUUAUGUGCUCAUCAUAAUCCUCAUGCCGGUUUUACUUAUUGGAUAUCUUCUCAUGAUCUCAAAGACGAAACAGAACGAAAACCUGGUCAAGAUGUUGCUUUGGGCUGGAGUUGAUGUUAAUGCUACAGACUAUUAUGGUAGCACAGCCCUUCACUACGCUUGUGAAAUGAGAAAUCAGGCAGUCAUUCCUCUACUGCUUGAAGCUCAUGCAGAUGUUUCUGUGAAGAAUCAGGAUGGGGAGACUCCUUUAGAUAUUGCAAGAAGACUACAUUUCAGCAACAUUGAAAGCAUGCUAAGGAAAACUUCCUAAUGCUUGGUGGGAUUUCAUCAAGGACUGUUGAAAACGCAGAAAAUCACUCCAUCAGGCAAUACAUUCUUUAUAGCAGCAAGAGUCCUGCAGGGGUCUGCAGACUGAUAAUUGACCCAAAUUGAUGUAGGCUUUGACUAUUUUGUAUGAGACUUGGGAGUAUCCUCAGGACUGUGUGGACUGAAAGGAGUUGAUUUGCUUUUACUAAGCUGUGAGUGAGUACAAUUGCAUUCAAAAUAUUGCUCUUCCCAUCUGCUCCUCCAAUUUUUACUGCUUGAUUUGCACAGAUAAGACUUCUGGAAACCUAAGCACCACAGGUGAUGAUAAGCAGCCAAUGAAGAAAUAAAAUAUCCUUUACAGUCUGUGUAACAGCUUCCUUAGGGGAUACAGCUGAACAGUAUACCACAGCAGCAUAUACAAGGUCAGGCACCUACCCUCUAAGUAUUUCUUUUCCUACCAUGGGAAUGACUAUUCAGAUAGAUUGCUCUGCUUAGCACUUCUUCCUUCUUUUCUACAAAUUUCCCACACCUUAAUUCUCAAGAUAUUGCUACAACAGAAAGAUUAUCUUCUGUUUUACAUAAAAGAAGCAUCAAGAAGAGAUUGAAUUAUUGGAGUCCAGAAACAAAGACAGUUUCCAAGUUCCUUUAAUGAAUUAAUAAAUAACAAUGAAAAUCUGUUUGAAGCAAGUCUUUUGACUACUUUUCCAAUAUUAAAAAAAUUAAUAAAAUUAAGAAAAUAAAGCAGUGAAAUGCUGUAAUGAUGGAGCCAGAUAUAUUAUUCUCAAGGAAAUGGACAGGAUAGUAUGGUUGUAAGAGUGGUGCACACAGCAGAGAGUGCACAUACCAAAAUAAUAAUAAUAAAUUCAUGAAUCUUUUACUGCAUAAGUAAAGACAGUAGAAAACCAGAAGUGAUAAGUAAUUUGUUAGCUUGGCCUGCCACUUUGUGGUUUAAUAAUGCACUUAUAAAUGAGAGUCUGCUUUCAAACACUGCUGUGUCUUAUUUCCUUGGUCUAAUGGAUCUUUGUCUCUCUUAGUAGUUUUGGCCAUUCUGUGUAAGCUGCCAUAAGUUUGGAAGAUAGGUGCUAUGAUCAGCAUUGCUAAUGGCUGCUAGACGAGGCACAUGGACAACGUUAGAGUAUGUUUCCAAUACUGCAGCAAAUCUGGGAUAUUUUUCUGUGUACCUAGCUUAUUGGAUACUGACUCCAACUGCAGGCAGUCUUGGCUGAGCAUAUAGUCAGGCUUUAGAUCCCUCCCAGAAUCAGCCCAGGAAACAAAGCUACCUGUCUGAGCCUGCACAGAUGACCACUUUGUGUGUAACCUGAGGACAGGUACUCAACCAGAUCAACAUAUAUGUCAGUAGAUGUGAAGUGCUUGCACAGAUGACAUAGGUUGAAGAUAAUGUCUCUUUCAGCUAAUGGAUUGGAAGGGAGAACAAUUGAAUGCUUUAACGUAUUUCAGAAAUACCAUGAACAAAUUUUGGCCAAGACACAAAAUUACGUAAAAUUCAAAGUCAAUAGCACAGUGCUUUCAACCACUUAAUUGCAUAUGUUAAGAUUACUACAUGAGGUGACAACUGUAUUGGUUGGAGUGUGGCUUGAUGUAUCUGCAUCCUCUUAUUCCUCAUCUACAACCCAUGGUCAUUGUAGCUGAGGGUUUAGAGUGUAUGAACAAAUCUUUGGAUGAUGUGUGGUCAAGGAGGGCAGGAGAAUAAUCGGAUAAGUCAAAAAACAAGGCUGAGAUUGUCUUUUGAAAUUGAAUUCCUUGGUAUUUGGAAAUCACUGAUUGCCUGCCUAUACAAGAGAAUAUAUCAUUUAGGCUUAGGAAAAUCAGUCUUGUGUAAAUAAGAGCUGUCCAAAUAAAGUUAUC